CGCACUCAAAGCAAACUGCGCAUAAUAAAACCAAAGCUGGUGCGAGAAAGUUGUCGGCGCGCUACGAAUCAGACAUAGAUGAAACAAACUCGCAGUUAACUCGAAUUCGAAAAAAUAGCAAAAACAAAUACAAAUCAAUUUACGGCCAUGCAACAAAGCAAAAGCCAGCACAGUGCCAAAUUAAGCAAACUGAAAAAACAAUACCAGAGUUCAAUAGCAAAUUAAACAGAAGUAAAAGGAAAUCAAAGCAACAACAACAAGCAGACGUGAAGAGUAUAAGAGUUACGUUGCCAGCCCGUUAGCCUGCCAGUAUGUUGUUUACAUCCGGUGUAAUCUGCCACGUGGAGAAAUUGCUCUGUACACCGAUCAGUUUCGCCGUGUUCGCCUUCCUCUUCAUGGCCUGCACCAUGGAGGUGGUCCUGCUCAAGCUGACCACCAGUGCACACGUCUUUGGCAGACCGCCCAACCAUGACGACUGGGACGAGGGCGGCCAGUUCGAGGAGGAGGAUAUUUACUAUGAGAAUCUCGAAAAUAAUUAUGAACAUUGGGCGCGCAGGCGUCUACGCUAUCAUCAGCGUCAGCAGCAGUUGCUACAACAACAACAGCAGCAGCAGCAGUUUCUAUAGACAAUUGUCUCUUAUACCUAAUGUAUAUACGACUGAAAUUUCUCCAAUUAGAAUUAACGUUUUUUUUUUCUGUUUCGAUUUCAUUGGCGUCUCUGUGUAAACAAUAGCGAAAUUUUCUGCCAAUUCAUUUGAAAC